ACUUAUAAAUACUAGAGAGUUCUAAUUCCAGAAUUGAAUUACGAAUUAUCCAAAGAAUCUUUAUAAAUAGGGGACUAUAUUUUUUGUUUAAAGUAAAUUCAUCGAUCUUUCACUUCCACUUUCGUUUUUCUCCCUCUCAGGACAUCCUGUAUUAACAGUGAAAAGUGCAUCUGAAGAGACAGAAUGCAAGGACCCGGGGGUGGCAGGGAUCGUUUCUUUGAUUUUGGCGAUCCUUUUGGUGGUUUUGGAGGCUUUGGUUCCUUUGGACCUCCCAGGAGUUUAAUCUCAAGCUUUUUUGGGGGUAGGGACCCAUUUAAUGAUCCUUUCUUCGCCCGACCUUUUGGAGGGAUGUUUGAGUCUAGUCCCUUUGGUGGUCCUACUGGAUUUCCUUUCCCCCCUGGUAUGAAUCCAUCUGGGUUCCUUGAGCAUCCAGCCCCGGGUUUGGAUCCAUCUGGCUUCCUUGUGCGUCAAGCUCCAGAGCCUAGUAGACAAAGGAGGGGACCAAUCAUUCAGGAAUUGAACUCUGAUGAAGAAAAUGAGGAAGCAACGGAGGAGAGGAAAGGCAAUCCGAGAAAGCAUGGUAGGUCAGACAGUGAACCCUCUGUUGAACAUCCAGAUGAUGAAAUUGAAGGGAAGAGGAGUAGACUGGCUGGAAAUGAGAGCAGAAUCAAUAUAACUGGGCCUCGGCCUCAAUCUCACAGCUUCUGCUUCCAGAGCUCAACUGUCAGCUACGGUGGUCCAAAUGGGAUGUAUUAUACAUCCUCAAGGGCAAGGAGGAGUGGAAGUGAUGGAGUGACCUUUGAAGAGAGGAAGGAGGCUGAUAGUUCAACAAGGAAAGCUUCUCACCUAAUUUCUAGAGGCAUUCGUGGCAAGGGACAUUCUCUCUCAAGAAAUCUGAAUUCAGAUGGUAGGGUAGAUACUAUGCAGACUCUGCACAAUAUAAAUGAAGAUGAGCUUGCUGGCUUUGAAGAAGAAUGGGAGGAAAAGGGUCAAAAGUAUUUGCCUGGAUGGACUGGCAGUGUUGAAGCUAGCGGUAGUAAUAGACAAGCAGUGCAGGCCAGGCGCGGAGGUUGGGCACUCCCUUCUUCGGAGCAUAGUCAUGCCGUGGGAACAAUAUCUGAAGCUAGAGAUGAAGUUGGUCCUCGCACACAGGAGAGGGUUAGGACAAAUUCAACUGGUAGGAAUGCAUACCGUCCAGGAGUAGAGCGUGGCCGAAACUAAGGCCCUAAUGUUUUGCUCAAAUACCUGACUCCCAAAUUAACCAUCUACUAACCCCUCUGCAAUCUUCAUGUUAGUAACUGAUAGUGUGCUUCUUCCUUUUCCCUAUAUAGCUAUAUGACCAUUUUGGCCGUUACUCUUAUGCUUUUAUUGGAUGGGUUUGUCCAUUGAAAUUGUUAUGGUGAUCAUAGGGGUCUGAGACCUGAAUGCAUAACAAAAUUUAUAGCUGUCAUUCAUGAGGCAUGAGGUGUUUAGUUGUUU